AUGGCCCAGUCGUUAGUCCUGCGGCACGCCAUCUCAGCCGUCCUUGCGUCCUCGCCCUCCACCACGCAAAGACAACGCCCCGCCGCUAACCGUGCUCGUACGGGUCUGAGCGCGUCGAUCGGCGACUUCAGCGCGGCGCCCAUCCCCGAGUCGCAGGUGGUGCCACGGCUGUGCCACCUGGAGGACUUUCACGAGUCGUCGACGGGCGAGGCGGCCGUGCGGCCUGUGGCGCUGGCGGUGCGCGUGGUGGAGGACGGGCACGGCAAGCAGCUGGCGGACCUGCUCAUGGCCACCGUCGAGGCGUCCGCGCAGGUCGAGGACCUCGAGACUGUCGCCGGCCGGGCCGCCAUGGUGGCGCUGGCGCUGGCGCUGCUGGUGGAGUUCGCGACGGGCAACGGCAUCUUCAGCGCCGUCGACCGCAGCGCGCUGCUCCCCGCGCUCUCGCUGGGCGUGGGCGCAGCCGCGGUGUCGGCGGGGUACGCCGUGGCGUGGCGGUCGAAGCGACACGUGUCGGACAUCCUGGCGCGCGGGUGCUUGCACUGGCUGGACGCCGCCGUCGACCACCUCAUCGACGGCGUCUUCGACGCGCGCCCCACCGCGCACCAAGCGCCGCCGCGACGGGACUAG